AUGGCACAAACCACUUUCUCCGUAGGAUCUUGCGCACUGCACAUCUUGGUAUGUCUUAUGAACUCAGGCCAUGCCACGAGCUGUCAUGCCUCAGCCGAAGCCAAGCUCUGGAGCGACAGGAUGUCGAACUUUUCAUCGAACAUAGCCUCUGAUUUGGACGACGCAGACACUACCGCGAACGCCAUCAUAGCAGACGAUAUGACAGUAUAUGGCGAUUCCAAUUGGAUGAGCUACGGCUAUGCACAUAGCGAAUAUCCUAUCGAGACUGGCAAGCAGGACUUCAUCAAGGCAGCUCUGAAGGGAUCAUGA